AUGGCGGCCCGGAGUAUCUCUGCUCCCUCGGUCAUUGAGACCAAGACUAAUGACGACAAAAGACCCAAGAGGCCGACUCUUCAGACUCCUCUCUCAGCCUCAUAUCCAUCGGAAGUCAAAAGUCCUUUCCCAGGUACACCGAGCUUCAUCAAGAGGGAAGAGAACAUCAAAACACCUGUCACCCCUCCAGUAGCCUAUCUGAACUUCCUGAAGUCAAUGUCGACUGGCCUUGCAAGUCCACUUACCACAGGGACUAGUUCAAAGUUUCACUUCAGCGAUAAAGUACCUAGCGAAGUCAUCGAGGAGACAGACGAGAAGUCUCCAGAGGUCACUCCUGAAGUUGUUCAACCAACACUCUCUCGCACCAACUCUACCAGCUCCGAGACGUCUACCACGUCUGUGAUCUCGAGUUCAGCCGAGUCAGUACGUUCCGUGUCCAGCACAAUCUCGGAGAGUAAACGCAAGGUCAAGCCACAAUCACCUCGAGUCAUCAUACCUCCUUCCCCGUUUGCAAAACCUCGGUCUGCAAAGCUUCCUAGGGGUGCUCAGGUCCCUCCUUCUCCCAUGUCACCGGCCAAUCCUCGCUCGCCUAUGAGCGCUCGCGCCCCUUAUGAGCCUCACAGCGCAUCCGCAUUGAGUGGCACACCAUGGAGCGCUACAUACUCACCAACGGAAGCCGAAAGUAGCACUACCAGCAAGAUGAGUGUUCGGCAAGUGGUUACAAGGACAGUGACCUACUCACGAACUCCGCUCGACCCAGCACCAAAGGGCAAGAGGAGAAAGAUUGAGGAAUGA